AACAAACCCACAAACAAAAACCCUUCCACUAUUCUCCAUACACACAUAUUGUUUCUAGCAAAAUGUCUUGUGUUUGGAAGCUGGAACCUGAUGGUGUAUAUCAAAUUGUUAAGCAUCCACAAGCAGAGAGUAAUUUGGAGGGGAGGCAAGAGCAAAUCUUGAUAGGUUUAGGGUGGGAAAGGUAUAGAGGAGUCCCUGACCUCUUGCAAUACCACAAGCACUCUAAUGACCUCAUCUCACUCGCAAGAGACUUCACCAAGUUCAACUCAGUUCACAUGUACGAUAUUGUCGUUAAGAUUCCCAAUGUCUUCCACGUACGGGAUAUGUGAGAAACUACUCAUCUCUCAAUUCCCUCCCUAUUAUAUAUGCUUCUUGUAAUAUCUACUUUUCUUCUUCUUUUUGCUUUUUAUGUGUGAGGAUGACAACUUAAACAUAAACAUUUCACACAUAUACAUACACAUAUAUAUAUAUAUAUAUGUCUUCUACAUAUAAAUAUGAUCAAUAGUUGUAUGUUUAUGUAAGUUUUGUAAUAAUUAAUGUUAUUGUAA